GUUACUGUGUACCUUUACUUUAGUGCAUCCGACAAGGCUCAAGCAGCAACACUUUUCACGGACCACAUGGCUAAUUGAUUAAAUACCGACAUGGCUGACACGGGCGAAACAGAACUCGCUAGCGUCAACGCCAUCAUCGCUGCAGCCCCCGCCUCGGAAACGACACCGCCGCGACAACACCCGCAACCGCCGCAGCAGCGAGCUGCGGAGCUGGACUCCCGAGACACGCCCGAACCCGUCUUUCCUCCUCUACAUAACAAUGCUGGUACAGAUGCGGAUUCCAUAAUCUCUGGUGCCUCGGCUCCCCCCCGCGCCGGUGCCUCUGCAGCCCCCGGCGUAGGCGACGACAAUGAUGAGGAAGAGCCCGCCGUUGCCCGACCUUUCCUCCGCACCUCGAGCCCCAACCCGGCAUCACGCUCAGGAUUGGCCGAGACUGUCGAAGAUGAAGAUGACGAAGGACGCGCUGGGGCCGCCGGCGAUGACUCGGGUCCAUGGCCAAGACCGAAUCACAAGAUGCACAGGUUCAGCUUGUACGAGACGGCGAGCCGCUUCUACAUCGUCGGCGGCGACGUGACCGAGAAACGCUACCGCAUCCUCAAGGUCGACCGCACCAACGACGGCGACGACGCCUCGGAGCUGAGCAUCACCGACGACAAGACCGUCUAUACCCAGAAGGACAUGAACCAGCUGCUCGAUACGAUUGACGACGGCAACAAGGGGACCGGCGGAUUGAAGCUUCGGUGCACCACCUGGGGUAUCCUGGGAUUUAUCAAGUUCACGGGUCCCUAUUACAUGCUGCUGAUCACAAAGAAGAGCACCGUCGCCAUGAUUGGGGGCCACUACGUCUACCAGAUCGACGACACAGACCUCAUCCCCCUGACGUCGCCCAACUUCAAGGCGGACCAGCGCAACACCGAGGAGUCGCGCUUUUUGGGCAUCCUGAACCACCUUGACCUGGCCCGGUCCUUCUACUACAGUUACUCCUACGACAUCACCCGUAGUCUGCAGCACAACAUCUCCAGAGAGAGAGCUGCCCUGCUUAACGGCCGUCCUUGCUCUGCCGACGACGACUCUAACCCCAUGUUUGUCUGGAACGACCACUUGAUCCAGCCGGCCGCCAAGGUACUCAACGCGCCCUUCGACUGGUGCCGCCCGAUCAUCCAUGGUUACAUUGACCAGUCUGCCGUGUCCGUCUACGGGAGGACUGCCCACAUAACAAUCAUCGCGCGCCGCAGUCGCUACUUUGCUGGCGCCAGGUUCCUAAAGAGGGGCGCUAACGACUUGGGAUAUGUGGCCAACGACGUCGAGACGGAGCAGAUCGUAUCCGAGGCUAUGACCACCUCGUUUCAUGCGCCGGGUCCCAAGUUCUUUGCCAACCCUACCUACACCUCAUACGUGCAGCAUCGCGGCUCCAUCCCGCUCUACUGGACUCAGGACAACACGGGCGUCACCCCCAAACCGCCGAUAGAGCUGAACCUGGUGGAUCCCUUCUACACAGCAGCCGCGCUGCACUUUGACAACCUCUUUGAACGGUACGGCGCGCCCAUAUAUGUUCUGAACCUGAUCAAGGCUCGCGAGCGGACACCGCGCGAGAGCAAGCUGUUGGAUGAAUACACGCGCGCCAUCGCCUACCUCAACCAGUUCCUACCGGCCGAUAAGAAAAUAAUCCAUCGGGCCUGGGACAUGUCGCGCGCUGCCAAGAGCCGCGACCAGGACGUGAUCGGUACCCUCGAGAGUAUUGCCGAGGAGGUCGUGAGCACGACGGGCUUCUUCCAAAACGGCGACGGCCACAUCUCCCCGAUCCGCGCUCAGAACGGCGUGGCACGCACAAACUGUAUCGACUGUCUGGACCGGACAAAUGCCGCUCAGUUUGUCAUCGGGAAGAGGGCACUGGGCCACCAGCUCCACGCCCUCGGCAUCCUAGGAAACACCACGGUAGAAUACGACACCGACGCCGUCAACCUGUUUACUCACAUGUAUCAUGACCAUGGUGACACCAUCGCCGUGCAGUACGGCGGGUCGCAGUUGGUCAAUACCAUGGAGACCUACCGCAAAAUCAACCAGUGGACCAGCCAUUCGCGCGACAUGAUUGAGAGCUUCAAGCGCUACUACCACAACUCUUUCCUGGACGGCCAGCGCCAAGAGGCGUACAAUCUGUUCCUGGGCAACUACAUCUUCACGCAGGGGCAGCCCAUGCUAUGGGAUCUGGCUACGGACUACUACCUCCAUCACGAGGAUCCCCGGACAUGGCUGGAAAAGCGGAAGCGUGACUACAUUCGCUGGUACACCCCCGAAUUCCUAGAGGAACGUGUGCUUCCACCGUACCCGCCCCCCCAGCCAGCGGUGGAUAGCAAACCGAUCUCUGCCUAUGAUGACUACUGGCUAGAAUACUACCGCCCGUCCACCCUCUCGUCCUUCCCCAAGAUGUUCCCCUACAAGAUGAACUCGACCAUCAAAUACAUCCCAUUCAAGUCGACCCAGGACGGCCGGUACGACCUCAGCCCAUUCCGCGUGCGCAACGACACCGACGGCGACGCCCAUGAUAAAAAGAAGGCGAAGAAGGAAGUAAGCAUCGUCGCCCCCAACGACCUAGCUCGCAUGGCCGACGACACCGAGACGUCAUCCGUGAAUGAGAAACCCGCAAGCCCAACCCACAGCGCCGCGACCGCCGCCGCCAACGGCCGCGUGUCGCUCCACCGCUGGCUACACGAAAAAAACACCCCCACCGAGGCCCAGCCCUACCACCAUCACCCCCAUCACCAUCGCCGUCAAAGCACGAACCCCCACAGCCGCAACACCAGCAUCGACGAUAACCACAGCUACAACAACAGCAAUAACCACCAACACCAGCACCAGCACCAGCCCACCCACAGCCGCACCCCGUCAAAAGGCCAGAACCAAGACCAGGAAAAAAAGAAACCGCACCAGACGGCCCUCGAGAAGUCGCGCGCCGCCCAGCAGACCUUCACCCAGGUCGUGCGCGACUCGCUCGACCCGGCCGUCAGCACCGCCGAGGCCGACGACUACGCCCGCUACGUCGCCCACCCGCAGAACCUGCCGCUGGUCGUCUCCAACAACAACAGUAAUAAUAUAUUCCUGCUGCCUGUCGACGAGAUCGAGCCCGAGUAUCUCGCGUUCGUGAAGGGGAAGUGGCGGGAGGAGGGGCUCGGGCGGGAGGUGGAUUUCGGGAGGAGGGAGGAAAGGGGUCGGAGGGAGGAGGGGAGGGGGGAGGAUGAUGAGGCGGGCGAGGAGGAGGAGGAAGGGGGGGAAGUGGAGCCCCAGGAGGAGGAUGACAGGGCGCUGUAUGCCGAGACGGUAAGGGUGGCGGAGAACCCACUGACGGUUACCGAGGAAGACGCGCUCAAGAAGAGGUAUAAGGCGUAUCGGAAGUGGCUGAGGGGGAAGAGCUUGUUUAAGCAGCAGCCGGUGGACUAG